GUUCACGGCCUUCUUCUCUAAAAUCAAUUUUCAUUGGUUUCUCAUUUCUCAUUAUUCGAAAAGGGGUCCAGGGAGAACGAAAGAGAUGCACCAGAGGACAUCGACGGCUAGCGGGCGGCCGUCGGGAACCGAUGGCUCCGAUUUCUCCUACCGCAUGGUGGUUGACUCGAGGUAUCAAAAAGUUGCUAAAGGAAAAUCUCAACUUUCUAAGAUCAUAUUCAUUCAGGCUGUUAUUCAAUUGAUAGUAGCAGCAAAUUCAUUUUUUGCUGCACAGAAGACAGAGAAUUUUGAUCGGUGUGCUUUCUGCUCUGUCGCAUUAGGCUUCAUUUCUCUUAUAAUUGGGGAAUUAGGUCGAAAGCGUAGCAGAUCAAACUUUUUGAAAUUGUAUGUAGCCGGAUCAUCAACUGCUGUAAUUCUCUCUGCCGUGUGUUUUGCUAUGAGCCGGAACCCUUUGGAGGUUCUUCGAAACUUCAAUAGCCUGCUGCCACCAAACUUUGAAGUCCUGAAGAUUCUUGCUCUCAUACUUGGAUUCUUGGUACAGAUAUACUCAGUUGCUAUAACUGCAUCUUUAAUCCGUAAUAUGGCUCCUCCAAAGAGAGCUUCUUGACGGCUGGAUGUUCUCAAGAAUCUUUGAACAUAUGGGGAUUAAUUAAUUGAGACACCUUAUCACACUCGUCUGAACUCUGGUAUGUUCCCAUAUAGAGAAUGUGAUAGCACAAGAAAAAAAACAUCUAAUUUUCACCCAGCUGUAACUUUCAAUCCUCUCAAUAAAUGCAUUUUUGCAGUGUUGAUUUGAACAUGAACAUUGCUGCUUUUAUGAACAAAUACUACAUUGUAAAAGAGUUAUUAGUGUUAAAAAAAGAACUCACAGUCC